AUGGAACAAUUCUUCGAAGAGGCUGAAAAGCAAAUUGAAGCGUUGUAUUCCACAAGCAACCAAGAGCAAGUCACUCAUCUACUGAAGAACCUAAGAGACUUGCAAAGAUCCGAACAUGGCCAGGCACUAGCAUCAUACUUGCUCCAACUGCAAAGUGUCAAUUCUAGGUACUUUGGAGCUUUAUCGUAUGCCGUGGUCAUUCAACAUCUCGACCAGCCCUCGGAUGAACAGUUAAAUGAGCUCAUCCAGGCCAUUGGCACUCAUAUUCACCAGAAUGUCAAAGUUUCCAUGGGCCAAAACCUCAUCGUUCUACGAAAAUUAGCAUCCGACCUAUCCCAAAUAUUUAUUCGAUUUCCUAACAAUACUCGCAACCCCCUUGCCACUUUCAUCCAAGCCAUCUCGGGGAACACCUUCGACGAUUCUUUGUCCUUUGCAUCUUGCAUUGCCAACCUCCUGGCAGAUUUAUUCAUCCUUCUACUUCUAUUCUUUGCAAUAUUUGUCGAAGAUGUGACUAGACUCAAUGAUUACAGACUGGCAGUCCAUUCAGUGAUAAAAUCUGAUAUCUACCCUUUGUUGGUCACCUGUGUGGAUUACGUCAAGCAUCUUCUUUCCCAAAGGAACCUCUCCCAUGAAAUUGAUUUGGAAACAUCGAAGACAAUAGCUUCUUGGAUGACAUAUGUUCCUAACAUCGGAGGCGAGCUCCGGUAUUCCGCUGAAGAAGUAGCUCCUAUAACGGAGUAUCUCAUGAUCCAUUUGGAUGGUGAUUGCGAUACUGACAAUGAAAGCAACUUACAACUAUGCAAAGAAUGUAUGGCGGUCUUUUCGGAAAUAUUAGAGAGCGACGCUGCACUCUUAUCCAUGGAGACGAAACUGGCUUUGUACAGCAACCUCUUUGAUGAGGGUAAAUGGGGACACAACUUCUUGAAUCAGAUUGUCUUCACAAACAGAAGGGAGGAGUUUGACGAGGAAGUUAAUGCAUAUGUAUACCUUGCUAUCGUUAUUGCUCAGCUAAACCUGAUAAGGCUAUCAAAAACGAUUCUUGAGCCCAAAACACGUAACGUGCUUUCUAUUUUAUACAGACUCACUGCAAUUCCAGGAGUUCCCCACAUCGAUGAGUCUAUUUCUGAACAGACGCUAGUCUUUUGGGAAGAGUUUGCAAAUAUUUACGUCGAUCUGGAAGAUUUAGUGGAGAUUCUCCUUGAAAAUAACGACGAUCCAAGCUUUGCCGAUGCCUUCAACGACGAAAGAAAGAGGAUAUUUGACGAGGUAUCCAAAAUAUACUGGACGAAGAUUCAAAUACCUAAGGCAUCGGAUUAUUACUCAUCGAAAGCGGAUUUCCUAAGCUAUAGAAGUAACGUGGCUGAUUUCUUUUUGGUUGUCUAUAACCUUUUGAAAGCUCCAUUCUACGAAGGAUUGACAAAUUUUAUUGCUGGAAAAGCAGAGUCUAAUUUUAGCGAAGAACAUAUUGCUGAAUUAGAAUCUACGCUCUUCUUGUUGUACAAAAUUAAUGAUGAUUCUUCAUACUAUGAGCUGCAAACAAGAGCGCUCAUACCUUGUUCACAGAGAAUAUUCAACAGCAAUAUCAUUCGCUCUUUUCAGCUGCUACCGUCGUCUUUGGAUUUGACGGUGGUAUAUACGUCCACCUUUUUACAAUAUCUCAACUCCAAUGAGUUCUACUUUGCUAGCGACGAGGGCUUCAAUCAUUUGGGUGAGCCGGUGGUAUUGGAGAUGCUCAAGAACCCCGAGAUUGACAGCUUGGUUAGACUGAGAAUGUUUAACGCGUUCAGCGUCAUUGCUAGGAGCAUAACUGACCUUGAAGAGCACGCCAGAAUCAUUAAUGGGCUUAUCACCACUAUCGCAGACGCAGCACGGUCGAUGAUUGGAGCUGCUCUGGAAGAAUUGAAUGAAGGCCAAGAAGAAUAUCUCAUUUCUUUGAUAUCUUGCAUUGUCAAUAUUGCUAAAGGUAGCGGACUACCUGAUGAGACCAUCGAUAACAUGUCUGAGGAAUUCCAGGCACGUUUCAAAGAAUUUUGGAUAUCAGACCCACUUCAAACAAAGCAAGUUGUUCUCCUCAUUGUGGAAGAACUUAGUAUGAACUAUCCUCCUCUUCGUCAGAAAACAAUUGUGAUAGAGAAAGCUACGCAAGUGUUCAAGGCAGGUCUUGGGGAGAAGCUCAACGGGCCUUUGACAUUCAGUAACGAAACUAUCGCUGAAUAUGCAAUCAAAGUGAUCAAUACUCUUGAGAAUCCAAACGCAGUUCCCUAUGUGUUUGCACUCAUCGAGUCUCUCAUAUGCUUCAAUUUUAGGGAGCUUGAGCCAGCAUUAGUCCAACAAUUGGUUGAUAGACUUGUUUCUGAUAGGCUUUCUUUCCUUAAAACCGAUCCUGAUAUGAUGAAAAGUGCCAUCGACUUAUCAGCCAAAAUCAUAGAAUGCAAACCGUCGCUUAUUAUUCAUACCGACGCAUUUGUCAACAUUAUUCUUCACUUUGCCCUUGAUGGCUUGAGCGCAAACGAAACUUUCAUCGUGAAGUCCGUACUGAAGUUCUGGACAAACUUUACGUCCCUAAAAAAGGGAACCAAAGAGGACCAGGAUAGAAUAAAUGACAUAUUUCUUCAGCAGAAUCUUGGCGAGGUGUUGACAAAGAAGUUGCUUCAAGCGUUCCUUAAGGCCCCUCGUUCCUCUCUUGAUGGGUAUUAUAUGAUAUUUAGAGCUAUCAUUGGCAAAUUUACCAUGCAAUUCAAGCAAUGGUUGGUGAAUGCUCUCAGGGAACCAGAAACUACGGCGGGAUCUAAAGCUACUGAGAAAGAUCUUGAGAUGUUCGUGCAUCGUCUAGUGGUGACGAGAGGAAGAAGAGCUGCAAAUGAAGUCCUCAAAAGCUUCUGGUUGUUGGUUAACGGUUUCGUUGAGUAUAACACACAAUCAUUUUAG